UCAUCAACUUAGCGUUGUCGUCUUCAUGUCUGCUUUAUAAAAUGGCGGCCGCAGAGAUCCAAGUUGUAAAUCCAUCAAAUUUAGCAAAAAUAGAAAGUUUUCUAAAUGAUCCAAGUUACAAAGAGAUUAUUGAAAAUUCGUCAACAUUUAACUCGCGACUAUGUGCAGAAAGAAGGAUGCGUAUGCCAUUUAUUGACACUCAAACAGGUGUUGCACAAAGUCAUUGUAACUUGUUCAUGACAAGGAAGCAGCGCAUGCCAGGUGCUAGAGAAGGACAAGUGUACACAUAUCCAUCACAAAGAUGGCGCAAAGCUCGACGUCAGUAUUUAACAAUGUCAUCUACACGUUGGGGAUGGAGUGCACUGGAUGCUGCAGAGAAUGCAGGAGAUGGUGAGAACAGUUCGGGAAUCCCGGGCGAUGCACUUGCUGGUGAUGAUAGCCGUGACGGCUCACAGACAGCUGCCAAAGAUGAUCCUAAAGAAUGGUUCUAUGAUGACUUGGCGAUAGAAGAGAUGGAGACUGGUGAGGAGCCGGAUCCGGAAUCUGAUGAAGAUUACUAUGACGAUACGUACGCGAACCGGCGCAAGCGGCGUGGCAUUGCUCCCACAGGGCCCGGAUCACGCGGCGGCCGGCGUGGCAACAAGCAGCCUGAUGACACACCUUCCAAACGUGGACGUGCUGGUCGCGGUCGUAAGAGAGCUGGUCAAGGUACACUACCAUACGAGGUGCCCGGUGAUGCUGAGAAACCAUAUGGAUGUGAACUGUGCGGGGCUAAAUACAAGACGCGUCCCGGUCUUACGUACCACUUCACGCACACGCACAAGGACCCCGGUACUGGUACGUCGGCCUCCACCGCGCCCUGCAGCGACGGCGACUCCCGCGACAGUCGGCCCGGCGCGCACACCCCGCCCGCGCCCGCGCAGCCCGCCACUGAGUACCAGGACAGCUAUGUCACAUUCCUGAAUAAUCCCGCUGUUGGCACUUCAUCCGGCACAGCGACGCCCCCCUUGCGCAAGCCGUCGCCCCCACCGCGGCCUAUGUCUGCUGACACUUCGUCCUCGGACUCUGCGCACGCGCCGCUCGUGGCGCCCGGCACCGCCGCCUCGGCCUCCGCCCCUACACCUGCGCCCGUGCCCGCCCCCGCGCCCUCGCCCUCGCCCGGCUCCUCCACUGCCGCCCCCACCACUCCUGCCGCACCCCCCACACCACUGCCCCUUCUCAAGGAACCUGAGACUAAGGCAUCACCAUCACCGUACUGCGACUUUUGUUUGGGCGACGAUCGAGAGAACAAGAAGACUGGGACACCGGAGAAGUUAGUCAGUUGCUCUGAUUGCGGACGGUCAGGUAAGAGACGCGGCAGACCACCACGGAACGGUAUACCAAAGACAACGCCUUGCUACCACCUCAUCAACCGUGUCUGUGAACGGCAUAGACAAUUAAAUAACAUAAAACUGAAUGGUGUCGUUGAUAUAGUUACAUCUAUGUCUUAUUUAGCUGAUGAUUUCGAUACUUUUGCUAAUCAAACCAAAUUACUUGAGAAUCAUGAGUACGGAGAAUAUCCUGUUUCACCUCCUUCGUCCAGACAAAGUCCUGUAUCAGAUAGUUUAGGUGAAGUCUAUGUUAAUGGUACCGGUAAUUAAAAUUACCAAACAGGCGGAUUUUUUUUUAAU